AUGUCCAGCCCCAGCCAGAACCAGAACGCUCUUCUGCUGCUGGUACAGCAGCUCCAGCAAGAGCUCCAGAACCAGCGAUCAGAGAUUACCUCCCUGCGCGACAGCGUCGCCCAGCUCCAGCUCCAGCUUCAGUCCCGCCAGCACCCGAACGACGCUCAGACGCGAGUCCGACGGCUAUCGUUUGAAGCAAAGGCUUCCUCGUGGCCAGAUAUCUCCCGCGUCACAACGCUGCAUCGCGGUCUCCGACAGUCGCUCAGGCAGAAGCUCGAGGAGUUAAACGACUCUCUCUUCAGCCUUCCGUACGAUCAGUACGUAGAGACCAUGCAGAGCGCCGAGAGGCGUUCGAAGC